AUGGCGGUGGGCUCACAUCAGCAGGGGAGAGAGGCGAACAGAUCUACUAAGGGGGAGGCGAAAACGGUCCAGAAAAACUCGUCCUUCACGAUAGUGCGGGGAGAAAGUGUCAACUAUGGGAACUGUGUUCGAAGACCUCUUAUAGCGGUGGUGGUCCAGCGUCCAUUGAAAGUGAUCGUGAUGGCAUGUACGGCGGCGGAGAAAGAGAUGUGGAUGUCGCACAUCUUCCCCUUCUGGAAGAGCUGGGUCGUGAUCCUUGUCCCUCUGCUGGCUCUCCCUCUUCUCUUCGUCCCCGAACAGCGAGUGAAGGAGGGAAGGUGUGCAUAUGCCGUCCUCGUCAUGGUGGCAUUCUGGAUGACGGAUGCCAUACCCAUGGCCAUCACGUCCCUCAUGCCGGUCUUUCUCUUCCCACUUCUCGGGGUCCUUGGUACCUCUGAGGUCUGCCAAUUGUACAUCAGGGAGAGCAUCAUAAUGUUCAUCGGAGGCAUCAUGGUCGCGCUUGCGGUGGAGCACUGCAACUUGCACCAGAGGGUCGCCCUCAGGUUCCUCCUCUGGAUAGGAACUUCCCAGAAAUGGUUGAUGCUGGGGUUCAUGCUGGCAACGAUGUUCCUAUCCAUGUGGAUCACCAACACCGCAACAACGGCCAUGAUGAUUCCCAUCGUGGAAGCGGUCCUAAUCGAAAUCUACCGCCCCUCUCUCUCUUUCUCCUACAGCACGAUGUACGGGUCUGAGACAGGACUGAAUUAUGGAUCUUGGAUGGCCUUCAGUGUCCCAGGGAUGCUACUUAAUGUCAUCCUCGCCUGGCUCUGGCUCCAUGGCAAUUUCCUCUUAGACCAAUGGUGGGAGCGUCGGAAGCACCUAGGGAAAAGUGGAGCAAGUCGAGGUGAAACGAGAAAAUUAGAAAUAGCAGCUCGCGCCGUUAUCGACAUGAAGUACAAGGAACUUGGAUCCAUGUCUUUCCAUGAAUUCAUGACUCUAAUCUUGUUCAUCAUCCUCAUCCUGCUCUGGUUCUUCAGAGAUCCGCAGUUUAUCACUGGAUGGGGCGAAUUGAUCAUAGGCGAUCGGUACCGGAGUCCGGCCCUUCUUAACUGGAGCAUCCUCCACGAGAAAAUCCCCUGGGGGUUGAUCUUCCUCGUUGGAGGGGGAUUCGCGAUAGCGGAGGCCUCUAAGACAUCCUGCUUGUCAUAUUUCCUAGGUCAGCAAAUGAGAAGUUUGGAUUUCAUGUCACCAGCGCUUCUUGUCUUCAUCACCACUCUCAUGGCGACCAUGAUAACGGAAGUGGCUUCCAACACGGCCACGGCUACCAUCCUCAUUCCCGUUCUUGCCCAGCUUGCGAGUGCAGUGAAGGUGAAUCCUCUGUACCUGAUGAUGCCAGCGACUUUGGCUUGCUCCUAUGCCUUCAUGCUCCCAGUGGCAACCGCACCUAAUGCCAUAGUCUACGAGGCCACCCAGAUGAAGACCAUCAGCAUGAUUAAGGCCGGAUUCGUCGUGAACGUGAUCUGCGUUGUUGUGAUCAACUUGAUGAUCAACACGGAUUUGGACUUGCAGAUGGAGGGAAGGUGUGCGUAUGUCGUCCUCAUAAUGGCGGUAUUCUGGAUGACCGAAACGGUCCCAGUUGCUGUCACGUCCCUCAUACCCGUCUUUCUCUUCCCACUUCUCGGGGUCCUUGAUACCUCUGAUGUCUGUCAAAUGUACUUCAGGGAGACCAGCAUGUUGUUUAUCGGAGGCAUCACGGUCGCGAUUGCCGUGGAGCACUGCAACCUCCACAAGAGGAUCGCCCUUAGGAUCCUCCUCUGGAUUGGAGCUUCCCAGAAAUGGUUGAUGCUAGGCUUCAUGCUGACAACGAUGUUCCUGUCGAUGUGGAUCACCAACACAGCAACAACUGCCAUGAUGGUUCCCAUCGUAGAAGCAGUCCUAAUGGAAAUCUAUCGGUUGUCUAUUGGUCAUGCCGAACAGAAAGAGAACGGUAACGGGCCGGUGACAGGAUCUCCGCGAGCACGAGUGAGGAAAGAAACCACUUCUUACGAACUCAAUAUGCCUUUAUGCUCGAAUGAAUCCAGCGAGCAACAAAACGUGGAGGAGAACAUGGAGGAGAACAUGGAGGAGAACGUGGAGGUGGAGUUCAAGGAAGGCUACCAAGAGGCCCGGAUUCAAGUCUUGUUGGCUGUGGCUUAUUCGGCAGGCAUAGGGGGGACGGGGACUCUCACUGGGACAACUCCAAAUCUUCUCCUUAAGGGAUUCGUGGACGAUAUGUACGGGUCUGAGACAGGACUGAAUUAUGGAUCUUGGAUGGCCUUCAAUGUCCCUGGGAUGCUACUCAACGUCUUCUUCGCCUGGCUCUGGCUCCAUGGAAUUUUCCUCUUAGCACAAUGGAGGGAGCGUCGGAAGCACCCAGAGAAAAGUGUGGCGAGUCGAAGCGAAACCACAAAGGCAGAAAUUGCAGCUCGUGCUGUGAUCGAGAGGAAGUACACGGAACUCGGGUCCAUGUCCUUCCAUGAAUGCAUGACUCUAAUUUUGUUCGUCACCCUCGUCCUGCUCUGGUUCUUCAGAGCUCCGCAGUUUAUCACUGGAUGGGCUGAAGAGAUAACAGGGGAUCGCGAUCUGUACAUCGGAGAUGCAACUGCUGCCAUGCUCAUCGGGUUUCUCUUCUUCAUCAUCCCUGCAAAACCGAAUUUCUGGUGCUUCCGAGAAUCAUCAGAUAAACCGUCGGAGCGGAGCCCGGCCCUUCUCACUUGGAGGGUCGUCCAGGAGAAGAUCCCGUGGGGCCUGCUGCUACUAGUUGGAGGGGGUUUCGCGGUGGCGCAAGCCUCCGAGGAAUCUUGCUUGUCCUAUUUCCUAGGUCUGCAAAUGGGAAGCCUGGGUUCCUUGCCACCAGCAUCUGUCGUUUUCAUCGUCACUCUCAUGUCGGCCAUGAUAACGGAAGUGGCUUCCAACACGGCCACUGCUACUAUCCUCAUUCCCGUCCUUGCCCAACUUGCGAAGGUGGUGAAGGUGAAUCCAAUAUACUUGAUGUUGCCAGCGACUGUGGCAUGCUCCUAUGCUUUCAUGCUCCCAGUGGCAACCGCACCUAAUGCCAUAGUCUACGAGGCCACCCAGAUGAAGACCAUCAGCAUGGUACGCAAUGCCAACUUCAUAUUUCUAUAUUUUCUUGCGAUCAAGGCCGGGUUCGUCAUGAACGUGAUCUGCGUGGCAGUGAUCAACAUGAUGAUCAACACGUUAGGAUAUGGGAUCUUCGACUUCUCCCAAUUCCCUGAGGAAUUGGACUUGCAGAUGGAGGGAAGGUGUGCAUACGUCGUCCUUAUCAUGGCGAUAUUCUGGAUGACGGAUGCCUUACCGAUGGCUAUCACGUCCCUCAUCCCUGUCAUCCUUUUCCCACUUCUCGGAGUCCUUGGUACCUCCGAAGUCUCAACGGUGUAUUUCAAGGAAACUAGCAUGCUGUUCCUCGAAUGGAUGAUUAAGAUGCGCGGAUGUACAGGAGGUAUGAUGGUCGCGAUUGCCGUGGAGCACUGCAACCUCCACAAGAGGAUCGCCCUCAGGGUCCUCCUCUGGAUCGGAACUUCCCAGAAAUGGUCUGUUCUCGUUUCCAGUGACUGGCUCCCAAGCGAAAUAGAUAUUGCUUUUCGGCUCAUCUUAUUCCAAGGCGAAUUCGCCGAUGUUCUUCGGGUAACGUGGCAGGUUGAUGCUGGGGUUCAUGCUGACGACGAUGUUCCUGUCCAUGUGGAUCACCAACACAGCAACAACUGCCAUGAUGGUUCCCAUCGUGGAGGCAGUCCUAAUCGAAAUCUAUCGGGUAACGUCUCAUACCUCUCCCUCUCCCUCUUUUCGAUGACACAGACCGAAGUCGUCAAUUGUACCGUACAGAAAGAGAACGAUAACGGGCCGAUGACCCGAUCGCCGCGAGGAAGACUGAAUUACGGAUCUUGGAUGGCCUUCAAUGUACCAGGGAUGCUGCUGAACGUCUUCUUCGCCUGGCUCUGGCUCCAUGGUGUUUUCCUCCUAGCCCAAUGGAGGGAGCGUCGGAAGAACCCAGAGAAAAGCGUGGCGAGUCGAGACGAAGCGACGAAAGCAGAAAUAGCAGCUCGUGCCGUGAUCGCCGAGAAAUACACGGAACUCGGAUCCAUGUCUUUCCAUGAAUCCAUGACUCUAAUCUUGUUCGUCAUCCUCGUCCUGCUCUGGUUCUUCAGAGAUCCUCAGUUUAUCACUGGAUGGGCCGAAUCGAUCAUAGGCGAUCGGGAUUUGUACAUCGGGGAUGCAACUGCUGCCAUGCUCAUCGGAAUUCUCUUUUUCAUCAUCCCUGCUAAACCGAAUUUCUGGUGCUUCCGACAACUAUCAGAUAAACCGUCGGAACGAAGCACGGCCCUCCUGAAUUGGAGAAUCCUCCAUGAAAAAAUCCCCUGGGCGUUGCUCCUCCUGGUUGGAGGGGGUUUUGCGAUGGCGGAGGCCUCUGAGACAUCCUGCUUGUCCUAUUUCCUAGGUCAGCAGAUGGGAAGUCUGGAUUUCAUGUCCCCAGCACUCCUCGUCUUCAUCGUCACUCUCAUGUCGGCCAUGAUAACGGAAGUGGCUUCUAACACUGCCACUGCUACAAUCCUCAUUCCCGUCCUUGCCCAACUUGCGAGUGUGGUGAAGGUGAAUCCACUGUACCUGAUGAUGCCAGCGACUGUGGCUUGCUCAUACGCUUUCAUGCUCCCAGUAGCAACUGCUCCUAAUGCCAUAGUCCACGAGGCCACCCAGAUGAAAACUACUAGCAUGAUGAAGGCCGGGUUUGUCAUGAACGUGAUCUGCGUGGCGGUUAUCAACCUGAUGAUCAACACGUUAGGGCGUGGGAUCUUCGACUUUUCGAAAUUCCCCGAUUGGGCAGAAAAUGCGACCCUCUCCAGUUCCUCAUUUCACUGCAACUACACUCUCUCCUAG